CGUCCAAUUCAGGGUUUUCGUCCGCCUGUUCUGGCUCUUCCCCACCAGCUUAUAGUAGAGCGCGAAACCCUUCGCGAGCCCGUCUACGGCGGAGCGGAAGGCCAAAGCUCGUCGGAUCCCGGUGAUAAACCAUGGUUAAGCAUAACAAUGUUGUGCCAAAUGGGCACUUCAAGAAGCACUGGCAGAAUUAUGUUAAGACAUGGUUCAACCAACCAGCUCGCAAAACUAGAAGACGCAUCGCAAGACAGAAGAAAGCCGUGAAGAUAUUCCCCCGUCCAACUGCUGGACCCCUGCGUCCUAUUGUUCAAUGCCAAACACUCAAGUAUAACAUGAAAUCAAGAUCUGGGAGGGGUUUUACUCUUGAGGAGCUCAAGGCAGCUGGUAUUCCAAAGAAACUUGCUCCGACAAUUGGCAUUGCAGUGGACCAUAGACGAAAGAAUCGUUCUCUUGAGGGUCUCCAAGCUAACGUGCAGAGGCUGAAGACAUACAAAGCUAAGCUGGUCAUCUUCCCAAGGCGGGCUCGGAAAUUAAAGGCUGGAGAUUCUGCUCCGGAAGAACUUGCAACGGCUACCCAGGUCCAAGGCCAAUACAUGCCCAUUGUCCGUGAGAAGCCCUCGAUUGAGCUUGUGAAGGUGACAGACGAGAUGAGAUCAUUCAAGGCCUACGCGAAGCUUCGUGUUGAGCGGAUGAACCGGUGCCAGGUUGGUGCGAGGAUGAAGAAGGCUGCAGAGGCUGAGAAGGAAGAGAAGAAGUAACCCAUUGUUGUGAUGGUCAUUGUUCUGUCCUCUUCUGUUUUAGGCACUUCCAUGAGAGUCUAAUAGUUUGGCCACUUUCAUUUGAGUUUUCAAGUGAUUUGUCUCUUGUUUUUUGUUCUGUGACAAUGCAAUCUUAGGUAUUACCCUAUUGGUUAUUAAUGUUAUAUCGAGUCACAAUAUUAUUAUCUUUUGUAGAAGAUGCUGAUUUAGCUAAAGAACUUUUGCUUGACUACCA